GUACAUCUUUCCCGCCAAACUCACACUCAUUACCCGCUCAAAACCGUCCCCGGCAACUAGGGCACGAAGCAACAGAGCCACAUUUUGCACUUUCUACUACUGGGUUCUCUCCUUCUUACCUUCUAUUCGAUUGAGGCGUGAAACACUGCAAUUUCUGCUGCGUAGAAGCCGAGAUUCAAUCGAAGAGCUUAAGAAAUGGCGAGCUUUGAAGACCGGAGCAGUCACAAGCGAGCUUUCCUCGAGUUCUUGGACCAGAAUGUAUACAAGAACGAGAUCAAGGCUAUGAUUGACCAGCGGCGCCGCCGUCUCAUUGUCAAUAUCUCCGAUCUGCACUCCUUCCAAGACUUCGGUCCCAGGAUCUUGAAGAAUCCGAGCGAGUUUAUGCAACCAUUCUGCGAUGCGGCCACAGACAUUGCUCGAAGUAUUGACCCGCUGUUUUUGAAGGAAGGAGAGCAAGUGCAUGUGGGUUUCGAGGGGCCUUUUGUCUCCCGCCGUGUCUCUCCUAGAGAGCUUCUCUCUGAGUACAUAGGCACCAUGGUCUGCGUUGAGGGCAUUGUCACCAAAUGUUCUCUUGUUAGGCCAAAGGUUGUGAAAAGUGUGCAUUACUGUCCUACAACUGGAGAUUUCACUUCUCGCGAGUACAGAGAUAUCACCUCUAAUGUGGGCUUGCCAACGGGGUCUGUGUAUCCUACAAGGGACGAGCACGGUAACCUAUUGGUGACUGAGUAUGGCUUGUGCAUGUAUAAAGAUCACCAAACCUUGUCAAUGCAAGAGAUGCCUGAGAAUUCUGCUCCUGGUCAGCUCCCACGAACGCUGGAUAUCAUUGUUGAGGACGACCUUGUUGAUUCAUGUAAGCCUGGAGACCGGGUUGCUAUGGUUGGGAUAUACAAAGCACUUGCUGGAAAGACCAAGGGAAGUGUGAAUGGUGUAUUUAGGACCGUGCUGAUAGCUAAUAAUGUUGCCCUCCUGAACAAAUUGGCAAGUUCUCCAAUUUACACCGCUGAUGAUAUCAAGAACAUCAAAAAGAUUGCUGAAAGAGCUGACGUUUUUGACCUACUGGGUAAUUCACUUGCACCUUCGAUAUAUGGGCACUCAUGGAUAAAGAAAGCUGUUGUGUUGCUGAUGCUUGGUGGAGUGGAGAAGAACUUGGAAAAUGGCACCCACUUAAGAGGUGACAUCAACAUGAUGAUGGUUGGUGAUCCUUCUGUUGCCAAAUCACAACUACUUCGAGCAAUCAUGAAUAUUGCUCCUUUAGCUAUAUCAACCACUGGUCGUGGGUCUUCUGGUGUGGGCUUGACAGCUGCUGUAACUUCUGAUCAAGAAACAGGAGAAAGAAGGCUAGAAGCUGGAGCCAUGGUUCUUGCUGACAGAGGUGUCGUUUGCAUUGAUGAGUUUGACAAGAUGAACGAUCAGGAUCGUGUUUCCAUACAUGAAGUCAUGGAGCAGCAGACCGUUACUAUUGCAAAAGCAGGGAUCCAUGCAUCACUAAAUGCUAGAUGCAGCGUGGUGGCUGCUGCAAAUCCCAUAUAUGGAACCUAUGACCGCUCAAUAACGCCUACUAAGAACAUAGGGCUUCCGGACUCUUUGCUUUCUCGGUUCGACUUGCUUUUCAUAGUACUUGAUCAAAUGGACGCUGAUAUCGACCGCCAAAUCUCGGAUCAUGUCCUGAGAAUGCACCGGUAUCGUUCAGCAAUCGACGCAGGUGAGGCAGCAGUUGAUGAUGCAAGUGCAAGAUACGCAAGAGAGGAGGAUGCUGAGACCGACACAUCUGUAUUUGUCAAGUAUAACCGAAUGCUUCAUGGGAAGAAAACAGACAGAAGUCGCAAAAGGGAUACACUUUCGAUAAAUUUUCUGAAGAAGUAUAUUCACUAUGCUAAGCACAGGUUCCAGCCUGAGCUGACAGACGAGGCAUCGGAGCAAAUUGCAACUGCCUAUGCGGAGCUGAGAAAUUCCGGGACAACCACAAAGACGGGAGGAACACUUCCAAUCACCGCUAGAACUUUAGAAACUAUAAUACGGCUCUCAGCUGCCCAUGCAAAGUUGAAACUGAGUAGACAGGUUACAAAGUCUGACGUUGAAGCUGCUCUGAAAGUUCUAAACUUUGCCAUAUAUCAUAAAGAAUUAACUGACAUGGAAGAGCGUGAAGAAGAAAGGGAGAGGGAAGCCGAGAGAGAAAACAGAGCUCAACGUCGCCGUACCAAUCGGAACACAGCAGGAGAUGAUAAUCAGGCUACUACUAAUGCCGACGGAGACAGGCCUGAGGUAGACCCCAUGGAUGUAGAUGAUCCUGCUGCAGAGCAGCCCACUACAGGAAUAUCUACGGAAAGGAUUGAAGCAUUCAACACAGCGUUUCUUCAGUGUAUGCGGUACCAGCAGAGCAUAGCCAUAGAUGAUCUGGAGAAGGCUGUUAACACAGGAGCUGCUAAUUACUCCAGACCAGAUAUAAUGACAUUGUUACAGAUGGCAGCGAGCAGCAGCGAAAUUACAGAGGAAGUUCCAGGGAAAACUGAUGAAGGGGUUGAGAAGAAGAAGAGAGUGUUUGUCGCUGGAGCAACUGGAAGUACUGGGAAGAGGAUAGUCGAGCAGCUGCUAUCCAGAGGGUUUCUAGUGAAAGCUGGAGUGAGGGAUGUUGACAAAGCCCAGACCAGCCUUUCCAAGGACAACCCAUCUCUUCAAAUCGUGAAAGCAGAUGUUACAGAGGGGUCUGUCAAGCUAGCAGAAGCCAUAGGGGAAGACUCUGACGCUGUGAUAUGUGCCACUGGGUUUCGACCUGGUUGGGACCUUUUUGCUCCAUGGAAGGUUGAUUAUUAUGGAACCAUGAAUCUUGUGGAGGCUUGUAGGAAACAAGGCGUGGAAAGGUUCAUCCUGGUGAGCUCCAUUUUGGUGAAUGGAGCUGCAAUGGGGCAGCUGCUGAACCCAGCUUAUGUGUUCCUCAAUGUAUUUGGGUUGACAUUGGUAGCCAAGCUCCAGGCUGAGAGUUAUAUCAGGAAAUCAGGGAUUAACUACACCAUAAUCAGACCUGGUGGGCUGAAGAACGAUCCCCCUUCAGGCAAUCUAGUCAUGGAACCAGAGGAUACGCUUUACGAAGGAUCAAUAUCCAGAGAUGUGGUAGCAGAAGUUGCAGUCGAGGCAUUGACACAUACAGAGUCAUCUUACAAAGUUUUGGAAAUUGUCUCUCGUGCAGAUGCACCUAAACGUUCAUAUGAGGAUCUCUUUGGCUCCAUCAAGUCAAAGUAGCUUGUAAAUUGUAAUAAUACUCUUGAAGAGUACAAAGUUUAACUUCGCCAUUGCAUUUUGGAUCUUGUUUAGA